AUGUUUGCGUCGGCUGUGAUUGUCACCACCUUGCUGUGCUUCUGCUCGCUCCAUCCUGCUUUCGGACAGGACUGUCCCAGUAGGCAGGAAAUACAAGGUUCUUUGAAGCAGGUCCAGAAGCUUCUGUCAGCCCAUGAAGCCUCCUACCUGCAGAGUCUCCGCAACCUGAAGAAGAAAAUAAAUUUACUGCAGAGUGCCGCCGGAAAGCAGACCACCAAAGCCAUCAACAGCACCUGCCCUAAACUGGACGCUCCCCUCAACGGGAGGAAACUUGGCAAGUCGCACGGCGUGGGCCACGAGGUUCACUUCCUGUGCGACCCUGGUUAUGAACUCGUGGGAGCAGAGAGCAGAGUUUGUCAGGAGAGCCUGACCUGGAGCGGCCAGCAACCCGCCUGCCGAGACAUCAACGAGUGUGCAUCUUCUCCCUGCACGAACGGAGGGACGUGCGUGGAUGAGCUGAACCAGUUUUCUUGUAUCUGUGCCAAAGGCUGGGCUGGAGUUACCUGUCAGAGCCCAGUGCCAACAUUCUUUGUCACCAUGACGAACACCUCUGCCGCCACCUCCCCAGCCACGGCCGCCGCCUCUACCCUGCCAGCUGCCACCGCUGGGCCCUUUGUUCGUCCGUCACGUUGCACUACGGUCCAGGGGACCACCCACUGCACCUGUGAGCCAGGAUACACCAUCUCUGGCAGAGACAGCAACAUCUGCACUGAUAUAGAUGAAUGUGAGCUCUUCCACAACGGGCAGGCCGGCAGGUUGUGUUUACAUGCUUGUGUUAACACUGCUGGAGGCUAUCGCUGUUCCUGUCCUGCUGGAUACAACGUGACCCGCGAUGGACGCAGCUGCAAAGAUAUUGAUGAAUGUGCCACAAGACAAAACAACUGCACAAAGGACCAGAUGUGCAUCAACACAUAUGGUGCUUUCCAGUGUGUUCGUGUGGACUGCCCCAAAAUCCCGAAUGCCACAUACGUCAAGACAUCCCCCAUGUGA